AGGGGGCGCUUGGAGGCGGCUCGCGUAGGCGAACCCAGAUCGGAAGCUGUUCGUUGGUAUGCUCAGCAAACAACAGACGGAGGAGGAUGUGCGCCAGUUGUUUACACCGUUCGGGACAAUAGAAGAGUGUUCAAUUCUAAGAGGACCCGACGGUGCAAGUAAAGGGUGUGCGUUCGUGAAGUUCAGCUCACACCAGGAGGCGCAGGCGGCCAUCACCAGCCUGCACGGAAGUCAAACUAUGCCGGGCGCGUCCUCGAGCCUGGUGGUGAAGUUUGCUGACACGGAGAAGGAGCGGCAACUGCGACGAAUGCAGCAGAUGGCCGGCAACAUGAGCCUGCUCAAUCCGUUCGUGUUCAACCAGUUCGGGGCGUAUGGCACCUACGCGCAGGUCAUCACGGAGCAGCAACAACAGGCAGCCCUGAUGGUGGCGGCGACCGCGCAAGGGUACAUCAGCCCGAUGACUGCGCUCGCGUCGCACGCUCUCAACGGGAUGGCCAACUCCGUGGUGCCGCCUUCCUCUGACAGCUUCACCGGUCUAGCGAUAGGGACGGGCGGCGGGCAGCCGCUGAACGGCGCGCUGCCGUCGCUCCCGUCGCCCACCAUGCCCGGCUUCAACAUGGCCGCGCAGACCGCCAACGGCCAGCCGCCGCCGCAGGACGCCGUCUACACCAACGGCAUACAUCAGACCUUCACAGGCCCCCCUCCGAUAAGAAGACGAAGGCAGACACAACAUGACGUGGUCUACACCAACGGCGUUCACCAGACGAUCUCAGGCCAGCCGAUUUCAACUGUUCCAGCGGUGCCUGUGACCGCACAGGGACUGCCCAACGGCGAGGCGGCGGCGCUGCAACACGCGGCCUACCCGGGCAUGCAGCCUUUCCCUGGAGUCGCUUAUCCAGCGGUUUACGGCCAGUUUCCGCAACCCAUCCCCCCACCGAUGUCGACCAUUGCGCCGGCGCAGAGAGAAGAUUUUCUGAUGUUCCCAGGCUGCUCGAUCUCAGGCCCCGAGGGCUGCAACCUGUUCAUCUACCACCUGCCCCAGGAGUUUGGGGACGCGGAGCUGAUGCAGAUGUUUCUGCCCUUUGGGAACGUGAUCAGCAGCAAGGUGUUUAUUGAUCGUGCCACCAACCAGAGCAAAUGUUUCGGUUUCGUAUCUUUCGACAACCCGACGUCAGCCCAGGCGGCCAUCCAAGCGAUGAACGGCUUCCAGAUCGGCAUGAAGCGCCUGAAGGUCCAGCUGAAGCGGCCCAAGGAUGCGAACCGGCCUUACUAACCCCAGACGCCGUCCCUGCGCGUUCAUUACGUGACCAUGGUGGCGGCAGGAACAUACCCUACGCCCACGGUGCGGUUGUUCGCGUAUUAUCAACAAUUCUAAGGAAUUUAAUAAACGUUUAUUGUAUAGUAAAUAUCAUUACCUACGUACUUAAAUAAAAAAUAUGCAAGCCGAGUCGGCGAGUAUACUAAAUUAGUUAAAGUAAUUUAUUAAA